CUGUCUCAUUUUCUAAUAAUCUUUUAUUACGCGUCGUGGUUGUGUGUUUGCUCGUGUUUCUGCAGUUGUUUUUAGAGAAUAAAAAAUUGCAAAUACAAAUAAAAUCGGAAUAUAACUUUAAAAAAUAUAUUUAUAAUCAGUCAUUGAUUAAUAGUUUCUAAAAUAGUAUUCUUUGUAAAUGGUUGUGAGAGCUGAGUAAAAGUUUCAUGAAAAAAAUCACGUAUAAUAAUUUAUUAAAUCUUCCAUUGAUAAUAAUGAAAUAAAACAACAAAGGAACGAACAAUUUAUUCAGUAAAAUCAAAAUUGUGUCAACGUGUUAAUUAUUUUCAAUGUUUAAUUAAACAAUAUAAAACUACAUACAAAUAAAUUAAAUAAAACGACACAAAAUAAUACAACCACCAAAAAAUAAGAUAUUCAACAUACCUAUGAAGACAAUAUAAGACGAAAAGCAUAAUUCGCUUUACUUCAAUUCCCAAAAACCUUAAAACUGGCAAAACUUAAAAUGCAAAACGACGUUGUUCGAUGGUCUUCAACAACAUGCAAUUUAUAUAGCUGUAAUAAUAAACAUACUUAUGUAAAUAACAAUAAUAAAUUAUAUAGACGAAGCGUUCGUAAGUUGUGCAUUGGCAAAAAACAUCAACGUCAAAAUGUGGAUAAAACAUCACAUGAUAUUGAUUUAUUACCAACCAUAGCAUUUAAUGAAUCAAAUAAUCAAUCCGUCAAAUGUGAUACUAAUGUGUAUGACUUAUAUUUAGUGCAAAAUAUAGUUAACUCCAGUAGAUAUUUAAAAGAUAAUAGGAGCCAUAAAUAUUUUCACCAGCCGCUUGGCGGUAGUAAAUGCAGUAGGCGAGGCUACAAUAAUAUUACUAACAACUAUGGUACCCGAUUGUUAUUUUUAUUGCAAUUAAGUGUCCUAGUUAUUUUGUGUUCAUUAAAUAUCGGUUUCGUGACGGGUGCCAACGUCGAGGAGAAAGAUCUUUCUCAGUUGCAAUAUGGAUUGCAUAACAAAGAAAGUGUUAACGACAUUGCUGGACAUUAUACACAUACGUGGGCGGUUCAUAUACCAGAUGGUGAUACGGAGGGAAAAGCACAAACUGUAGCAAAUGAUCACGGAUUUAUAAAUUUAGGAAAGAUUUUUGACGAUCAUUAUCACUUUGCUCACCAUAAAGUUUCUAAGCGAUCUUUAACAGCUGCUUUGACUCACCAAAAUCGACUAGAUGAAGAUGACCGAGUUAGCUGGGCUCAGCAACAAAUCGCAAAGUCUCGUAGAAAGCGUGAUUUUAUACACAUGAGACCUUCACGUACUUCUUCUAUGUCUGCCUAUUCUAUGGUAGAUGCAGUUGCUUUUAACGAUCCUAAGUGGCCACAAAUGUGGUAUUUGAACCGCGGUGGUGACUUGGAUAUGAAUGUAAUACCUGCCUGGAAAGAUGGCAUAACUGGCAAGGGUAUUGUAGUGACAAUUUUGGAUGAUGGUCUCGAAUCUGAUCAUCCAGAUAUUAUUAGUAAUUAUGAUCCCAAAGCGUCUUAUGAUGUGAAUAGUCAUGACCCGGAUCCAAUGCCUCACUAUGAUUUAACCGACUCAAACCGCCACGGCACAAGAUGUGCUGGAGAAGUUGCAGCAACUGCCAACAAUUCAAUAUGUGCUGUAGGUAUUGCUUAUGGUGCCAGUGUUGGCGGUGUCCGAAUGCUGGAUGGUGAUGUCACAGAUGCGGUAGAAGCACGAUCACUAUCACUAAAUCCACAACAUAUCGAUAUAUACAGUGCUUCUUGGGGUCCAGACGAUGAUGGGAAAACGGUUGAUGGUCCCGGGGAGUUAGCGUCUCGGGCUUUUAUUGAGGGAGUUACCAAGGGACGAAGCGGAAAGGGAAGCAUAUUUAUAUGGGCUUCAGGAAACGGAGGCCGAGAACUUGACAAUUGCAACUGUGAUGGUUAUACAAACUCUAUUUGGACACUGUCAAUAUCUAGUGCCACCGAAGAGGGUCAUGUACCCUGGUAUUCGGAAAAAUGUAGUUCCACGUUAGCAACAACAUACAGCAGUGGUAGUCAAACGGAAAAACAAGUUGUUACAACGGAUUUACAUCACUCUUGCACUGUCUCUCACACUGGCACUUCGGCUUCGGCGCCAUUAGCAGCGGGCAUUGCUGCGUUAGUGCUAGAGUCAAAUACUAACUUAACGUGGCGGGAUUUACAACAUAUUGUUGUCAGAACCGCAAAACCAGCCAAUCUUAUUGAUCCUAACUGGUCCAAAAAUGGAGUGGGGCGUAGAGUGAGCCAUUCAUUUGGAUACGGUUUAAUGGAUGCUUCAGCGAUGGUAAGAUUGGCACGGAAUUGGAAAACUGUGCCUGAACAACAACGUUGUGAAAUAAAUGCUCCGCAUGUUGAUAAAGUAAUUCCGCCCAAAGGACAUAUAACCUUACAAUUGUCAGUAAAAAAUUGUUUGAAUAUUAACUUUUUGGAGCAUGUUCAAGCUAAAAUUACGUUAACGUCACAACGAAGGGGAGACAUUCAACUAAACCUUAUAUCACCAGCAGGCACUAAAGUUACUUUAUUAACCCCUAGAGUUCACGACACAUCACACUCUGGCUUUAACCAAUGGCCCUUUAUGUCCGUCCACACUUGGGGAGAAUCGCCUCAUGGAAAUUGGCAGCUUGAGAUACAUAACGAAGGACGAUAUAUGGGUCAUGCCUUAUUGAGGGAGUGGUCACUUAUAUUUUAUGGUACAACACAGCCGAUUUAUCCAAAUGAUCCUAUAUCAACAGCUCGUACUGCACUUGUUGAUAUUACAACGCCAAAUUCUAGUUCCGCAAGUACUAAUUUGCACCAGAUUUACUCCGCGCAAUAUCCCCGUAUGUCAAACAACAACUUUAAUUUCUCAAAAUUGGGAUUGACCGGAAAACUUUCUUCGUCAAAAUUACCCCUGAAUAAAUCAGUUUUUGUAGCGGCCAACAGCGAUAUAAGAAAUGAUGCACUAUUUAAAGCAAUAAAUCAAGGAUCAGUCAGUAAAAAACAACAACAGGCUUCAAAAAAUACAAAACUUAAUAAGAAUGGUAAAGGAAAAUCUAUAGAAAGCAAUAAAUCGAGUAAAAAUUCAAAUAAUGGUGGAAGACCUUUGAAACAAAAAGAAUCUUCAACGCAGGUAACACCCGGUUCACAAAAAAAUAAAUUUUAUCGCAUUUCUCAGCAGAGCAAAACAGCAAGUUCAAAGCCUCAAAACCCGCUUGAUGUUAAUCUUAAACAAAAAGUUAAUAAACUACAGCAAUCUAGUGAAAGAUUCCAAUCGCCUGAUGAUAAAUUGGGCCAUAAAGUAAUAGGAGAUUUACACUCAACUACAUCCACAAGUGUCAAUAACGGAAAAUUAAAUUCAAAGUUGGCUGCGAAGGCCACUAAACAAGUAAAAGAAUCAUCCGCUACAAAGCAACCUUCGUUGUCGACCGAUAUUUUAAUUCCAAUUCGUGGUGGAUCUAUUUCUAUGCAGCCUAAUCAGCGUAUAACGAAACUAUUCGAGCGAUAUGAAAAAAUUCAAUCCAUAUUUCCAGAAUUUCAGCCAUACCAACCUAUUUUGAAAGAUAAAAAUGACAAUGCUGUUGUUUUCAAAAAUACUCCAAAACAUGGUCAUUUGGAAGUCAAUUUGCAGUCAAACAUAAGUGGUAGUAGUGGUACAACACUUACAAAACCUUUACGCGAAAAUUCAAAAAAAUCUUCUCCAAGUUUUGUGCCUGAUAAAAAAAUUUUGAAGAAACAACAAUUGCUUUUGGCUGCUGCCGGUGUUGUCGGAACUCAGGGAACCAGUGCGGCCAUAGCUACAUCAAAUAAAAUAAACUCCAAUGCGCAAAUCACGCAAUGGGAUUUAAUAUUUUAUGGAACGGAGACCCCUGCUCAACCAGAUGACCCAACACCUACAAAUUCUAAACAAUUUAGUCCAUUUAGGAAUGACAUGGUGCAUAAUGAUAUUGACUAUGAACCCAACGAUCAAUGGAAUAAUAUGCAACAGAUGGGUAAACCAAGUAUGAUGACUCACGACCGUACAAAUACAAGCUGUGUCAAAACCACAAUUAAUCAACAUUGCUUAGCUUGUGCACCACCAACGCUUUACUACAAAGGACGAUGUUAUGAUAUAUGCCCAAUUCGCACAUACUCCUUCAAUCAUACUACCAAUGAAGAGGAGUUAAUAAAUGACACAUUGAAAAACAAGGAAGAAAAAAAUCUAUACAAUAAUUUACAGGAUGAAGAAGAGCUACAAUCCAUAGACCGCAAAAAGAGAACUAAGCAUUUGUAUAGAAAUACUGGUAAACUAAGUGAAUAUAAUCAGAAAAGAGCUGCUUUCCCAGUAAAAAAUUUGAUAACGCUGAGUUGCGAACCUUGUGACAAAUCCUGCUUACGAUGUUACGGUCCUCUAAACUCACAAUGUAGCACUUGUUCACUUGGAAGUCAAUUAAAACAAAUGGCACAUACAAAUGAAACAUAUUGCAUUAACUUCUCAGAGCGAAGCUCCGGAAAUGCUUUCACCAAUCUAUCAACUAAUAGCUUCAAUGCUAAUUCAAUUUUGUUAAUUCUAGUUCCUUCCAUUAUUAUUAUAAUGCUAAUUAUCUUUUUUGCUACAUAUAGAAAAAGAAAGAGUCUGUUAAGCUGCCGAAGAGAACAAAAUGAAAAUGAUAUCAUUGCAACGUACAGUUAUGACCGGGUUGCUUUAUUUUCAGAUGAAGACAAGGAGGAGGACAAUGAUUAUGAACAGUCACUUCAAUCUACUGUUAAAAUUUACACAGACGACAAUGAAAACGGCGAAUUUAUCAAUAAUCAAUAAUUGAUAUAAAUAUGAGAAAUUUUAUUAAUCCAAUAUACAUACACACAUACUUGUACAUAUCGCUCAUUUACAAUAAUACCGUCAUGACUACAAACGAUUGAAUUAGCGUUAAUAUAUUAUAUACAUACAUAUCAAAAA